AUGGUGCGCGUCCGAGACAUUGUGCACGUCGCGCUGGCGGCGCUGGCGCAAAACACCAACGCGCUGAGCCUGCCCACCACCACCAAACACGGACAGCUGGUCGAGCACGAGACGACGGCCAAGCUGCCCGCGGGCUGGAGCCUCGCCGCCCCGGCCCAGGACAGCGAGCGCCUGAACCUGCGCAUUGCCCUGCGCCAGCCGCACCAGGACUACCUGCAGAUAGCCCACGACGUCAGCGACCCGUCGUCGCCCAGCUACGGCAAGCACCUCAGCGCCUCACAGUUGCAGGCGGCGCUGCCGGACGUCAAGGGCGCCGCGGCGGCCGUGACGGCGUGGCUCAAGGCCCAGGGCGUGGCGCACGUGUCGGUCGAGGGCGAAUGGGUCAAGUUCGACACGACCGUGGGCCAAGCGCGCGACCUGUUCCACGCCGACUACGCGCGCUACCGCUUCCAGCAGGGCAAGGCGGUGCUGCGCACAAAGGCGUACAGCGUGCCAAAGGCCCUCGCCGACGACAUCGACUUCCUCUUCCCCGCCACGCACUUUGUCGGCGGCAAUGUGCGCGUCGAGACGACGCCGCAGCAGCUGCAGAGGCGCCAGCACUCGAUGCCCAAGCCGCCCUCGUGCGACUACGACAACUGCCCCGCCGGCCUCAAGGCAAAAUACCACAUCACCCACACGCCGCCCGACGCAAAGUCCGGCAGCCGCCUGGCCGUCGCCGGCUUCCUCGAGGAGUGGCCCUCGCUCGACGACCUGCACACCUUCCUCGAGGCCCAUGGCGACACGGCCAACACCACCGUCCCCGACUUCAAGGUCGAGCUGGUCAACGGCGGCGAGAACCCCAACACCUCGGCCAAGGCCGGCAUCGAGGCCAUGCUCGACAUCGACUACACCGUCCCCUUCACCGGCCCGCUAGAGGUGACGUACAUUUCGACCGGCGGCCGCCCGGAAGCCCAGUCCCAGCCGGGCAACAACAUCAUCCCCGCCUCGGAGAGCGGCAACGAGCCCUACCUCGAGUUCCUCGAGUACCUGCUGGCCAAGGAGGACCCGCCGCAAGUCGUCUCCAUCUCGUACACCGACGACGAGCAAUCCGUGCCCAAGGCCUACGCGCAAAAAGUCUGCGACCUGUUCGGCCGCCUGGCCGCGCGCGGCGUCUCCGUCAUCAACGCCUCGGGCGACGGUGGAGCCGCCGGCACCCAGAACACCGACUGCCCGUGGGUCACGUCCGUGGGCGCGCUGCGGCUCAGCGGCGGCGCCGCCUCGUACUCCGGCGGCGGAUAUUCCAACUACUUCGCCGUGCCGGCGUGGCAGGAGGCGGCGGUCAAGGCCUCCAUCGACGCGCUCAAGGGCGCCCACGACGGCUACUACAACAAGACCGGCCGCGGCAUUCCCGACGUUGCGCUCCAGGGCGACGACUUCCUCAUCGUCGCCAACGGCUACGAGCUCGUGCAAAAGGGCACCUCGGCCUCGGCGCCCCUCUUCGCCGCCAUGAUCACUCUGCUCAACGACCUGCGCCUGCGUGCCGGCAAGCCCGUCCUGGGCUUCCUCAACCCCCUGCUCUAUGCCGAGGGCUCCGCCAAGGUCUUCAGAGACGUGACUGACGGCUUCACCAGCGGUUGCUCCAACUCGUCGUGGUUCGAGGCUGGUUGGGACAGUCUGCCUGGUUGGGAUGCGGCCACCGGCCUCGGUGAGCCUGAUUUUGCCAAGAUGAGGGAACUCGUCUUGUAA